AUGUCGUCUGGGGAGGGUCGACGCCACAUGAAAGACUCCCGAAGCUGCGUGAGCGGCUAUCGUUAUGAUCCGAAAAUAAAGAACAUGCGGCCCAGGUAUGCUCAAUCCGAAAUUGGCGAGCCGUUUCUGCCGCGAUUCUCAGCAAUUGCUAGCGAGGGACAGAAAAUCCAUCAGCCGAUUGAUGACUGGGCAGACAAUACCACUGUAAUCACAGGAGUCACCACCGACUCUUUCACGAUGGAUGAAAAAGUUGCAUACCAUCCUCCAAUUGGACGGGUUGUCGGAAGAAGAUGUUCCCGUAUCUUUUGGCUAAUUUCAUCUAGUUUGAUCUGUUUUCUCGCUGUUGUCAGUGCUCCGGUCAUGUGUGCAAUUCCACUUGUAUCUCCACAUUUUGGCAUUUCAAUGCCACCAAUUCAAUGUGAUAUCGAUUGCGAAGGAUUGAUUUUUUUGAUGUUUGCCAAAACUGCAUUUCUUGUCAUUGCUAUUGCUGUGUUGCAUUGGAGGAAAGCUGCUGCUGAUAUGCCGAGGCUAUAUUUUGCCCGAGCAGCCCUUACAUUCCUAGUUUUGUUCAUAUUGUUCGCUUUCUGGCUCUUCUACAUUGUACGAAUUUUCAUUGAGAAAUAUGACAAUUAUAAAUACAUUGUUUCAUAUUCAAUUUCAUUGUUGGACGCUCUUCUUUGGACACAUUAUCUCUCGGUGAUUUUGCUGGAAUUAAGACGACUUCGGACUCAAUUUAUUGUCACCAUUGUUCGUGAUCCGGACGGCGAAUCGAAAACGAUGAAUGUUGGUUCCGGAUCGAUUCAGGAGAUUGCCACCGAAAUCUUGAAGUUCUACGUCACCAACUUUCCGUCAUACAAUAUUUAUCUGGAUAAAGCUCGUCAGUCAGCGGUUGCGAAACAAGUCGGAAUUCAGGGAAGCACCGCCGGCUUCAAAAUGUAUAAUAUUGAACAAUUCGGUGGACAGGAAACUGUCAGCGAGGUGAACGCUCGUGCAUUGAUGGAAGCGGCGGCGAGACGACGAAUCGGAGGCUACUCGGAAGUGAUGCAAGAGGAAAUGGAAUUUGAAAAACGCCUGAAAAAGAGAAAGUAUCGUUUGAUUGCCGCCGCCGAAGACGCGUUUUCGCACGUGCAAACUUCUUCAGAAAAUGGUACCGGACAAAAGAACGGAAUGCAAAACCAAAUGGACUCGCUAACUGCCGCUCAGAAUGUAUUCACCUGGAUCGUGCGCCCGUUGACUAAAUACCUGAAAACGACAAGAUUACAACCACGACAUCCGUCGGAAUCGGUUACAAGACACAUUGAAAGAUGCUUGACACUUAAAUUAUCGCAUCGCACGUUUCUUCAAAGAUUCUUCAGCGACCGAUUUCCGAUACAGGACGUGGUGUCAGAAUCGAAGUGGUCUCUGAUUUGCGCUGAAUCUGUCACAAGAUCGAUAGAUCAUGGAAUGACUUUGGUGUUAAAGUCGCAUAAUCAGGAUAUCGAUUGCGGCGUUCAAUUGGUUUGCACGAUAUCCAGCAUUCCAUUCUUCAAUCUUACUGAACAAUCUCAUAGCGGUGCUAGCAAAUUUGCUUUACGGAUAAGCAACGAAUCGUCAGUGUAA